AUGUGCAAAAAGAAGACCACUAUUGGCGAAUGGCGUUUGAGUUUUGAAAAGGAGAAGUUGGAGGAGAAAAAACGAUCAAUAGAGGAAAAGCAACGAGCUCGAGAGGAGAAGCAAAAAAUUCGGGAUAUAGAAUUUUUAAGAAAACCUUAUGAUCACCUAAUCGGAGAUGAGCUCGAUAUGGUUUUGAGGGCUAGAGCGGACAUCAUGAAAAAAAUAUUACAAGAUAAAGAUCUAGUUGUUGUUGAUGAGUCCAUCGUUGUUAACAACAAACCAAAGAAAAAGAGACAUAGUGGUAGAUCGAAGAAGGAGAAAUCGAUUUAUUUCUGUUUCAUUCCAUCCCUAAGAGGAAACGAUGAGGAUUAUGGGUACACUUUCGAUCAAAUCAGAUUCUUGAUAAAUGAACUGAUAACGUGGAAUGAUGUUGCAAAAUCAAUCCUCUGGUUUGGGUUCGUUCACUCUGUUUCUUUUCUUCAUAUUUCACAACAGACAUUAACUUUAGGUAAGUCAAACACUUUUACCCCUUUUGAAUUUUACAAACUUCAACACCACUCAAAGAUUUGA